AUGCCUCUUCACACGAAGCUCCCCGAUGACCUGAAAGAGGUCGAUGUGAUUAUUGCUGGAGGAGGUCUCGCUGGGUGCGUCGUAGCCUCGCGCCUGGCCGAAGCAGAUCGCAACCUGGUCAUUCUGGUCAUUGAGCAAGGCCCCAACAAUUAUGGCAUGCCUGAGGUUGUCCACCCAGCGCUGUAUCCACGGAAUCUCUUUCCCAGCAGCAAGAUCACUCUUUUCUGGCAGACCAAGAAGUCCCCCCAGCUAGGUAAUCGGUCACCCAUCGUACCAUCUGGAGGCACACUCGGCGGCGGCUCUGCAAUGAAUUGGAUGGUCUACACACGCGCCCAACGAAGUGAUUUUGAUUCCUGGAAGACGCCCGGAUGGAGUGCUGAUGAGAUGCUUCCUUUCUUGAAGAAGCUCGAGACUUACCAUGGGAAAGGCGACAAAGAUCGACACGGUUUCGACGGUCCCGUCAACAUCUCAAAGGGCACUCACGUGUGCGGUCGCGCCGAGAACGCCUUUGUCGAAGCCGCUGCGAAGCUCGGGUAUCCAGAGGUCAGCGAUCUACAAAACCUCGACGCCAAUAACGCCAUAGAGCGCUAUUAUCGUUAUGUCGGACCCAAUGGACGACGUCAGGACGCUGCUCACCGGUAUCUUCAUCCAAAGCUACAGAGCGGAGACUACCCCAACCUACAUGUGCUGGUUGAGAAGCAAGUUCUCAAGGUCUUGUUCGACGACAACAAGCGAGCUGUCGGGGUCGAGUACCAAACCAAUCCCAAAUACCUGGCCAACCCUGAGUACCUGGCCACUGCAUACACUGCUUUACGCACAGUACGCGCCCGGAAGCUGGUGGUCAUUUCGGCAGGCGCAAAUGCCACGCCAGGUAUCCUUGAGCGGUCGGGAAUCGGCGAUCCGCAAGUUCUACAGCGUGCAGGUGUUCCUGUCGUUGAAGAUCUGCCGGGCGUCGGAGAAGAUUAUCAGGAUCACCACCUGUCGCUGUGGGCGUACCGAACGAACCUCACGCCGCGGGAAUGCAUCAACGGAUUCCAAGAUGGGCGCUUCAAUAUUGACGAUGCGAUCAAGAAUACCGACGAGCUCCUCGGCACCAACGCGAUGGAUGCUCAAGGGAAAUUCCGCCCCACGGACGCCGAAGUCGAGGCUCUUGGACCGGAGUUCAAGAAAGCCUGGGACCGAGACUUCAAGAAUGUCCCUGACCGUCCGCUUAUGAUCCUUGCACUGUACUGCUGUUUCUACGGCGACCAUUCGGUCCUUCCAGAUGAUGCCGAAUAUGUCUCCAUGGCGAACUGGACCGCGUACCCUUACUCCCGCGGCCACAUCCACAUCACUGGCCCAGCCAUGUCCGACCCCGUCGACUUCGACACCGGUUGGCUCACGGACGCCGGAGACGUCGACGUGAAGAAGCACAUCUGGGCAUACAAAAUCACGCGCGAAAUGUGGCGGCGCAUGCCCAUCUUCCGCGGCGAGCUGGCAUCGAACCAUCCUCGCUUCUCGCCCGACUCCAAAGCCGCCGUUAUCGAGAAAGCUGAUGGACCGAUCAUGACGGACGAUGCGGCGCGGAUCGAGUACUCGCCCGAGGAUGACAAGGCAAUUGACCAGAAAGUCCGUGAGGUCCUGUCGACCACCUGGCAUUCGCUGGGUACUUGCAAGAUGGCGCCGAGAGAGAAGAAGGGCGUGGUGGACAAAGAUUUGAACGUCUAUGGCGUCACGGGACUCAAGCUCGCCGACUUGAGUGUGCCUCCUGAGAACGUGGGUGCGAAUACUGGCAACACCGCGUUCGUGGUCGGGGAAAAGGCCGCCGACAUCUUCAUCAAGGAAUUGGGACUCGGCAAGGACAAGAGUGAUCUUCCCCAAGCUAGACUAUAGUAAGCGAUGGAGAACACACAAUAUCAACC